AUGCCUUGUACCUGCAGGUACAUAAUCGUGAACGAGACCGCGGGGCGCGCACUCUUCUACGCCUUUGCAGAGUCGUACAAAAACGCGAAGAGCAAGCCUCUGGUGCUGUGGCUCAAUGGAGGCCCUGGCUGCAGCAGCCUUGCCAGUGGCUUCAUGUCCGAGUUGGGCCCCUUCUACCCUGCAGCCAACGGAAAGCUUGAAAAGAACCCCUACUCCUGGACACAGGCAGCUAACAUCAUCUUUCUGGAGUCCCCAGCAUUUGUGGGCUGGUCUUACAGCAACACAACCACAGAUGCGACUGUAGGGGAUAAGCGCACAGCCAAUGAUGCCCUGAAUUUCCUGCUGGGCUUCUUUGACCGCUUCCCUGCAUACGAUGGCAGACCGUUCUGGAUUGCUGGGGAAUCUUAUGGAGGGCACUAUGUGCCAAACUUGGCACUGGCAGUGGCAGAACACAAUGCUGGCAAUGACAACAGCCCCAUCAUCAACUUCAAGGGCUUCCUUGUCGGGAACGCGUGGACGGAUGCAGAGGAGGACAACAAGGGAGCAGUGGAAUUCUGGCAUUCGCACGCGCUCAUCUCGGACACCACGCGCGACGGCCUCAUGAACAAGUGCAACUUCUCACGCAUCGGGCCUCUGCAGGUGGAGGCGGUUACUAAGGGCAGCGCCAAGGCGGAGAGCGGGUUUGCUGACGGGGGCAUCAACAUAUACGACAUCUACGCUGACGUGUGCAGCCCCGAGCGCGCGUCUGCAGAGGCGAGGCAGUUCGCGCACGUGCUGGGCGCCACACGGGCGCUGACUGAGGGCAAGUACGACCCGUGCAUAGACGGCAAGGUGGAGGAGUACUUCAACCGGCCGGACGUACAGCGCGCUUUCCACGCCAACGCCAGCGAGCACACGCUUCCUUGGGCCUGGAAGGGCUGCUCUGACUAUGUCGACUACUCCAGGGAGGACCUGCUGUCGUCCAUGCUGCCGGUGUACAGGGAGCUGCUGAAGCACAAGCUCAACAUCCUGGUCUAUAGCGGCGAUGUCGACGCCAUCGUGCCGGUGACGGGGACGCGGCGGUGGUUGGCGCGGCUGGGACUGCCGGUGGUGCGCAGCUGGCGGCCGUGGCGGUCCGGCACCGGGCAGAUCGGCGGCUACUACGAGCGCUACAGCGGACUCACCUUCCUCACCAUCCGCGAAGCCGGCCACAUGGCAAGCGCCGCCGCUCUCUCUAUUUCAAUCUUCACCCCACCAGUGUUGCACUCCGUUCCGUGGUGGAAACGUCAGUAG